UGAUGUCAAAAGGGUGGAGCAAAAACGCAGAAUAAACCAAGGCGAAUAUACAGGAAGCAGAGUUUUGACAGGUCUGUCGGCCAGAUUGUGUCAUCUGGAACACAAACAUGGAUAAUAUCCAGCAGGUCCCACAAAUGUCACUAGUGAUACAUCGAGUGAUAAAAUGUAUCGAAGAGGACAACUUAACAAAUCUUAAAAAGUUACUGCGAGAAAACCCUAUAAAUGCUCUUUAUCCGUAUAGUAAACUAAAUGAUAAUGUAACCCCUCUGACUGCUGCUGUUGUAAACCAUAACAUGCGUUUGUGUAAAUACCUUCUAGAACAAGGUUCAGACCCAAAUCUUCCCUCGUCAAAUAUGUGGACACCUUUGCAUUAUGUCUCACAAGCCAAAGCUCCAAUUGGUUUUGUAGAAAAACUUCUUAAAGCGAAAGCAGAUCCAAAUGGGUGGAGGCCCGGGGUACUUGUUAUGCCUACACCUCUACAAAUUGCUGCCAGUAAUGAAAGAGAAGAUGUUGUCAAAAUGCUCCUCUCUGCUAAAGCAGGGGUGUCGUUGUUACCAAUAACAGAUCUCGACAGUUUGAAAAUCAACAAAAACAUAGCUCGGAUUGUUCAUAAAUUGGGAUCUAAAGGAAAUGUUGUCUGCUCCAAAAUCUGUUAUUUCUUGGAUGUUACAAUUGCUGUGGCACAGGAAACACCAGAGAAGGUUUUCAAAGAUUUUCAUAAGCACAUGUUACUGGAGGAUCCUUACAACCAUUUGACCAUCAUUGAAGUACUGUUCACUGUGAUUGGGCCAAAAGCAGAAGAAUAUAAACGGAGAAGUAUUCAAUGGCUUAAGGAAAUGAAUAAUUUAAACCAAUAUGUAACAGGUGCAAUUAGACGUUUAGAAAAUAUCCCAAAAGGAUCAGUGAAAGGAGUAGUUGAUACGUUAAAUGCAGUUUUCUGCACAAUGGAUGACAUACCAAAUGAACAAGCAAAGAACAUCCUUUCCAAACUGCUGGAUCUGCUUCAUCUAAAAGAGAGACAUCCAACAUGGGAGGCUGUUCUGGAAAUGCAAGCAGGACUUGAAAUUUGGGGGGUUGUUCUCCCUACAAUUUAUGUGAUAUCACAGAAAACAAAGGGCAUCAACAGCUGGGAAUCAAAGGAUAUUGAAACACUGACCAAAACAGUCUGUCCUUUUAUAGAUGAGCAGUACUCCACUGAUAUCAGGACCUACACAUAUGGCAUAUUUGCAAACUUGCUCUCAGCUAAGAACUUUCAAUCAGGCUUGAUAACCUCAGUACCUGAGGACAUAUUGAUAUAUGCAAAUAUCAAAAUGAAUGACAAGCUAAAAGAAGGACUAAAACGUCUGAAAUCUUUUCUAGACAACCCACAGUCUGAAUGUGAUGAAAGCUCUACUGUCGCUAAAUCCAAGAAAAAGAAGAAAAAGAAAAAGAAGACAAAGAAAGGAGAAAAAGAAGACCCAAGCUGUGGUGACGAUACAACUGCUUCUGAUGCAGAAAUAACUCCUGUAGCAAAGUUACUCUCAAAUGUAAGGCCAUUUAAUGACAGUCCAACCAAAGCAUCACCAUUAAGAAAAAGACUUCCAAUCAGCAAAAGGUGGAAUGAGAAGCUUAAAAAACUCGUAAGCAUUGAUGAAAGCAAAGUGACAAGAAUAGGGGGCAUUAUUUAUGUAAAUAAUGAAGAAUUUCACAUAGCAAAGGGAAGUGAUGGAACUGAAGUAUUCCUAGGACUGAGAGAUGAUGGCACAGAAGUUGCAAUUAAAAGAAUGUCUAAAAGCAACUAUAAAACUCUGAAAAAUGAGGAAGGAAUCCUUCGACUGCCAGAACUAGAUCAUCACUCUAUUGUACGAUACAUGGAUCAUGCAGAGGAUGAAAAUUUUGGAUAUCUUGCUCUCCAGCUUUGUGAGUACACUUUGGAAGAACACAUCAGUGCUGGUAGUAUUAGUGCCCUCCAGAGAAAGAAACUUGUCUUAGAGCUCCUUGAAAGCUUAAAAGUGCUUCACUGUCAAAAUCCUCAGAUUCUCCACCGUGAUCUAAAGCCACAGAACGUUUUAAUCGAUGUUAUGGGGAAAUCAAGAUUGGCUGAUUUUGGGAUAAGUCGACGCUUACCCAAAGACCAAACAACACACCAAACAAUAGCUGCAGGAACAAAGUGCUGGAAAGCCAGAGAGACUCUAGAGGAGGGGUGCAUUGUGUCAUACAAGUCAACCACUGAUGUACAGGUUGCAGGGAUGCUGAUGUAUUAUAUCCUGUCUGGAGGAAAACACCCAUUCAACAUCAGCAGAUCCUUUCAGCUGGAAUCAAACAUUGAUGAGGGGAAGUACAGUUUGGAUGAUGUUCAGGAUGUUGUGGCAAAAGAUCUCAUUGAAUGGAUGAUCAACAAAGAACCAACAGACAGACCUAGAGUUGAACAAUGCCUGAGUCACUCCUUCUUUUGGCCAUAUGUGAAAAAAGUUGAAUACCUGAAAAAGGUUGGUAACAGAGAGGACGUGGCAAAAUAUCAAAAUGCAGACCAGGAACUUAUAGACUCCCUUGAAAAAUAUGCAACUCAUGGAGCUUUCUCACAGUGGAAGAAAAAGUUUCCACAAGAACUGGUUCAAAAGAUGGAUGGCAAGAAAAAGCCCUACCCUGACACCAUUCUGGGUUUGCUUCGUUUCAUACGCAAUAUGCUUGAGCACUAUGUUGAAGAUGCUUCCAAAAUUGACGUCCUUGAAUUAUUUCCUGAUCUAUUUGGAUGUGUCUUCAAGUACGCUAAAGACAAAGGGUGGAAUCAACAGAUCCCACUGAAUGAAAUGUUUCAGAGUGAAGACUCUCGCAGCAUCUUUGUGAUGCCAUCCCCAAACAUCGAGGAGCAGCUGGCGGUUCCAGUUCAGGAGUCUCAACCCAGCAACUUGGAUUGAAUUCAAAUUCGUAACUCUAACUCUGUUUGCUCAGACUCCCUUAAUAAAAUCAAGAACGGAAUUUUGUUUUGUUCUAAUGUUUUUAGAAGUAUUUAAUCAUUCUAAUGUCUGGAUUUGGUUUCUACAACAACUUCAGGUAUGAAGCUCGCUGAUGGAUCUUACCGCACUAAGAGGCUUUAAAAACC